AUGGAUUCGGAAGACGGGGAGUUGUUCGUAAAGCAACUGGCCAGCUUCGUGCGCACGCACGAAAAGGCUCUCGCCAACGCUUUGCAAUUCCGAAGACAGGCAGCAUCUCGCCAUGGCUCCUCUCAGAGCGUUAGCUCCAUCCCCACGCCCCAGUCCCCCGUGGUCCCCGAACGGCCUUCGACUUCGGCCUCGACCUCAAACGGCCUCGCAUCCGCCCUGUCUCUCGGCUCUCUGAGCUUUACCACCCACAACGUUAAGUCGGCAAAGCUGGCCUUGACGCCACACCAUCUGUUUUACCUACUGUCUCGAUUCGAAGAACUCGCCAUUCCUGUUGGCCCGAUGAAGAUCCGUCUCGAGAACCUACACGACAGCUCUACCUCGGCCAACUACGUUUCCUUUUUGAGCAACACCCAACGAUCCCGAAGCCGAGGCUCUGAUGUUGGGUCCAUACACUCCGUGUCUAGCGUCCGGAGCGUCAUGUCAGGCAUGUCUGCUCUCUGGACAAGCUUCGGCAUCGGUGCCAGCAUUUCAGCUGCGCGAACGGAGCGACAAAAAGCCGCAAUACAGGCCGACCUGAAAUAUCUCUACUCGGCGUUCACCAAGAUACCCUGCCUGAAACUUGCGCCCGACUGGCGCGCUCGAUUAAUCCGCGGCUACGAAGAGUUCCCGUUCGAUUCCGCUGUCCCGUUGUAUGUCUUCAAGAACGUGCAAGCCCUUGAAGUGAACAGCAUCGACUUCAGACAAUUUUUUGGCUGGGAUCGCUUGGCCGAGCAGCUGAGAUCGCUGACGCUUAAGCGCGCCGGCGUUGAGGACCCCGCCGACAUCCUUAUUGACAUCGUGCUCGACGACAUGGACAAAAGGCGUAGAAGAACUUCGAAGCAGCAAUCUUCGCCAACUACACCCUGGCCCGCCAGCUCUAGCCCUCGCAGGAGUCCCGUUAUCCCGCACGCUGAUCUUCACAAGUCGACCUCGGUGCCGGGUUCUCCAGAUCCUCGAAACUCAAUCGGCGACUUGGGUAUCGGUUCUUUGUUGAACACACAUGACCACGCCGUUGACGAGACAGCUGGUGAAGGCAGGCGGCCAUCCCUGGCUAGAGCCGAAACGUUCGAAGCCAUGUCGCCGCCCAAGGGAACAAGACCGCGCAGCAACUCGCCAACUCGUCCCGCCAGCUCUCGCAAUCCCUCGCACAUGAGAGGGGGACACAAGGUUCGCCGCUCUGGUUCGGGUAGCUCGCACUCGAGCCUAUCGGACUCAUGGCACCACAGUCGUGCCGGGAGCUCCUCGAACCUAUUGAACAUGGGGGCUUUGCCAGCGUCGAAAUGGCGAUUCUUGAAGCACCUCAGUUUGGCCGACAACUCUAUGACCUCGAUUCCCGCUACGAGCUUGGUGCCCCUUGCAAACACACUUCACUCCCUGGACUUGUCGUCAAACCUGUUUACUCAGAUUCCCGACAGUCUGGCCACCCUUACCGCACUUCGCGCACUCAACCUCUCGCAUUGUAUGAUUGACGGGCUCCACUCUCUGACGCGCAACCCCCUCCCGGCCAUCUCGGCUCUCAACCUCCGAGCAAACCGGUUGCAAUCAAUUGCCGGCAUCGAGAAGUUGUAUCCCCUUGAGCGGCUGGACCUCCGAGACAAUCGCUUGUCAGACCCCUUGGAGCUUGCUAGAUUGACUGGCAUUCCUGACAUCCGGGAGAUCUGGGUUGAGGGUAACCCCUUCACCCGCACUCACAAGGACUACCGCAUUACCAUAUUCAACCUCUUCCGCAAAACUCCGGGCUACACUGAGGACAUUGUCAUUGACAAUAGUGGCCCCACCUACUCGGAGAGGAGAUACCUGGUGGAACGUACACCGAUCCCUGCCGCCGUGCCGGUCGUCAAACCCACUCCCGCUAACAUCCCAGCUGUUGAUGUCAGCAAGCCAGCCAUCAUCUACGACAUCCCGAAGGAGCCCUCUGUUCUGCGCAAGGAACGGCCGAUACCCAAGGCUGUCACCAGCGAGGUCAACACCAGUUCUACCCGCCGCCGAAAGACACCAAAGAGGCGAAUCGUGGAUCUCUCGACCACAGAUGCAUCUGCGACUGUGACACCCGGUCUCAUUUCGGCCCCCCACGGUGACGUCAAGGCUCACGCAGUAGAUGCCACGGCUACUGCAGCUGGUUCAGAAAUGCAUUACCGCAUCUCCCAGGCCCCCGAAAUCCCUACUCUGCCCUCGGUGAUGCUCUCUGAGAGUCGGAAACCCAACUCCCAACCCGAGGUGCCCCGCAUCGACACCAGCGUGGUUCCCGAGCUUCUGCCCAUCUAUACAACCCGUGAGACCCCGCCAGACUCUCAGGACUGGGACGUCAGCGGGGAGAUGUACCGCCGGAAGAUCGAAGCGCUGCGGGACAAGGUUGGAAAUGGAUACCUCAGUGUGCUCAGUGAGGAGGGCUGGGAUCCCUCCCGCCCGCCAACAUACUCGGUGCCAGAUUUCAGCCCAGCCUCGACUGUUCGGCCUAGUCCUACAACCCCUCGGACUACUUCACAUCACCCUCCGGCUAUCCACAGUGGCCGCACCCUUGGCUAA